CAUAGGUAUGUCAUGUAUAGCAUCCAUGGAUGAAGCCUGACAUGGAUAUCACCCGCAUAUUCCGGGAGUGUAAGUAGCUCUUUUAAGAUGUGGCAUGUCUGCCCAACCAUCCAGAGCAUGGAACCAUUCUUUGCUGUCCGUUGCUCAUUGCUCGUUGCUCUUCUGCUUCAUGCAUGCGGGGCUAAGCUGUUGUUACACUCCAACGUCUCGACUUUUCUGUCUCCGACGACUGAGCUGGUCUCCUUUGACUGUUCAACUUAAACUAUUCAAGUCAGGUACUUGAAAUAUACACAUCUCUCCAACGGAGCAUGGUUCAUGCUCAUUAUAUCGAAAGAUAUACCACAGGCUACUUUACAACUCUAGUAACAUGUAUUCCAUAAUGUUUAACGAGGUGCUUCCGUCCCCGCCUCCUCUGCCUGCACCGGUUCGAGAGGAGGUCGAGGGACUUAAGUUUCCCGUUUACCUACUCCCUAGUCUCUCUAUGCCGUUUCGCCGAAGACGACAGAGCUCGCAGUCGAGUCACGAAAGCCCACCAGCCGAUACUCCACCGUCUUUGAGCUCGUCUCCUACGGACUCGACACCAUCAAGUCCUACGAGGCGGCUAUCGAUACCCUCAUUUACUUUACCUACCAACUUCUUUACCAACUUUAGGUCUAAAGGGAGCCAACCAUCCCUGGCACCCUUAGAGACGUCUAUUGCACGAACACAACCCAACACCAUUAGGUGCUCUACAUGUGCUUCCGAUUUUGCAUUCGCCUCGCAAAUUGUGAGUAAGGGAUUCACAGGCCGUUACGGCCGGGCAUUCCUAGUUUCAACGCAGGACCAACCGCUACGUAGAGGCAUGAAGGCCGGAGACCUUAUUAACAUCAAGAUUGGCAAGUCAGAAACCCGCCUCUUGGUUACUGGAUCGCAUGUCGUCGCAGACAUCUCUUGUACAGUCUGUCACGCCAAGGUGGGCUGGAAAUACAUAGACGCGAAGGAAGAGUCGCAGAAAUACAAGAUCGGGAAGUACAUACUCGAGACUCAAAGAGUUGUCGUAUACCGGAACUGGGAAGACACUAGGGUUGGCGAUGUUCACGGGUUUGAAACCGAGCAGGAAACCGAGCCAACGGAGGGUGAUGUAGAGCCCGUCAUGUUCGACUCAGACGACGAGGAUGAAUGCGAAGAUAUCUUCAUGGGGACUUGGGAUGCUAAUGUGGUUGCUAAGAGGCGAAGCCGGAAGGUCAAUAGGCGUCCGAAGAAGAACGACGGUUGAACUAACAACCGCAAGCAUUCCACGGAGUUUCGUGACGGUAAUACCCCAGAACGGAUUUUUUUUUAGAUGGGCGUAGCGCUUCAACACCCUCUUUUAAGAGGAGUUGACAGACUCUUCGUGAAUACGGAAUCGGGCGGAUCUGGGCGUUUUUGGUUUUAUCACAUUGCAUGCGGCAUUUGCAUUAAUAUUGAUACCCUCACUAUAACAGGUUUAGGAUGCGGUUCUUUUCGACUACGAGCUUCUGAUUAUAAUGUUUCAGUACUAAAUACUCAAAUGGAUAUAAUGGUCGAGUUUGUAUUGAGAAGUCAAUCAUUACGUUGCUGUAAACAAGAGCUAUUGGAUAACUAGCCGUUAUUGUUGAUUUAGCGUAGGUGUUGGUGUUGGCGCAGAUGUAGGUUUUUGACCAGCUGAUAGCUCCAGCGUGACCUAAAACCCGGGUUAAUAUCUCACCCUACAUGGAGUUGGGAGCACAGAGGAAUUCAAGACAUACAGGGCCA